GUAGAAUAAAUCUCUUAGUAAAAUGAUAUGUGGGUAUCCGCGUGAAAUGCAUUUAUCGUAGGAAUUCGUGUGUCGCGUUCGUCGAUACCAAACUAAACACGCGUCCACAUCCCGACGACUCGAUUCCACCUAGAGAGAGGGAUUCCGUCUAGCACUAGUUCCGUAAAUGACACCGGCAACCGAUAACCGAUAAUACGAACGCACGACACCAAAUCGCCCGUCAUGGCGACCACCACGAAAACAUCCGCACCGCCGCCUCCCGCCGCUCCCUCGCAGCUGGCCCAGCAGAUCCUCGACCACCGGGCGCCCCGAUACACGUUCAGCUUCUCGCCCUUCCUACGCGCCACCUAUGGGCACGGAUUCCCCCCGAACCGGCCGAUCUGCAAGGCGUUCGUCGCCGGGCACUGCCCGCUGGGCGCGGCGGCGUGCCCGGACCGGCACGUGUCGGCGGCCAACGGGCAGCCGGGCGGCGGCGGGGGCGGCGGGUACCUCGGGGGCGGCGGCGGCGUCAACAACACGAGCUACAACUCGCUCGUGUGCAAGCACUGGUUGCGCGCGUUGUGCAAGAAGGGCGACAGCUGCGAGUUCCUGCACGAGUACAACCUGCGCAAGAUGCCCGAGUGCAAUUUCUUCGUGCGCAACGGCUACUGCUCCAACGGCGACGAGUGUCUCUACCUGCACAUCGACCCGCAGUCCAAGCUGCCGCCCUGCCCCCACUACGAGCGCGGCUUCUGCCCCCUCGGCCCGACCUGCAGCAAGAAGCACGUCCGCCGCAAGCUCUGCCCCUGCUACCUCGCCGGCUUCUGCCCCGACGGCCGCGCCUGUCGCGAGGGCGCCCACCCCCGCUGGGACACCAACCUCGAGAAGCCCGUCGCCAAGGCCGAGCUCCCGCCCGACGACCCCCAGCAGCCGCCCGGCUUCGGCCGUCGCGACGACCACGGCGCCGACGACGACGCUAGGGACUUCGGCGGCCGGCGCGGCGACCGCGACGACAGGGGCGGCAGGGGCGAGAGGUUCGGCGGGCGGGGCGGCCGCUGGAGGGGCAGGGGCGACAGGAAAUUCGGACGGGGGAGGGGACAUCACUAAGGGAGGCUCAAGAUGAUCAAGGCUGUGAAGUUCUACGUGGA